UGAUAUUCUUUAAAAAUAAAAAAAACAUAAGCGUAUACUCUCUUGAGGAAAAAGCAUGGGUACUUAAUCCCACUCAAUCGGGACCUUUCAAAGUUGCAGUCAAUGAGCAUUCAACGUCGGAUCUUGAGUCAUCGCGCACGAAUUUCACAGCGUGUUCGUCCUUCUUUCCUCUUUCCGAUCUGAGUUGCAGGGUGAUGAACGAAAACUCAAAUCCAGUAGUGGAAGUGAAGCUUGUGGCUGCUGGAACCUAUCCGCCGGGCUGCCGAGACCUGGAUUCGACUGUCUCACACCAGGUGCUGGCUUCGAUGCCGAUGCCGGGGCAGAUCGACGGGGGAGAUGUGGGCAUGGGCUCUGACGGGCAGGGGAUCUUGCGCUACGCGCGAGAGCAUGAGGAGAACGAUGAGGGCGGCGUGGGACACGGAAUGGGUGAGGACCACGACGGCAUGAUGGAGAGCGAGGAGAUGGAGGGUGACGGACCGUCCGAUCCGGGUCAUCCGGGUGAUCCGCAGGGAAUGAUAGUUCCGCAUGGCGGAAGCAACCAGCUCACGCUUUCUUUUCAGGGCGAGGUUUAUGUGUUCGAUUCUGUCUCCCCAGAAAAGGUUCAGGCAGUGCUUCUAUUGUUGGGAGGACGGGAAAUCUCUACUGGCUUGGCUGCAUUUCCUUCAACUGCAGAUCUAACCACUAAGCAACGGUCAACUCUUCCUCAUAGAGUUGCUUCUUUGAUGAGAUUUCGUGAGAAGAGGAAAGAGCGGAAUUUUGAUAAGAAGAUACGCUAUACUGUUCGGAAGGAGGUUGCUCUUAGGAUGCAGCGGAGUAGGGGCCAGUUCAUAUCAUCAAAAUCAAAGUCGGAAGAUGCAACAUCUGAUGUUAAUGCUUGGACUAACCAGCACUGGGACUCAGUAGAAAAACAGCCCCCAUCGGCAGCAGAUUGCCAUCAUUGUGGCAUUAGUGCCAAGUCUACACCAAUGAUGCGGCGCGGACCCAAUGGACCAAGAACUUUGUGCAAUGCAUGCGGACUUGUGUGGGCAAAUAAGGGAACCAUGCGGGACCUUUCAAAAAAUCCAUCUACGCCCAUUCAAACAAGACUGCCCGAAGCAAAGGAUUUGAGUGAUUCUGCAGCAGCAGACAUGCAGUACCUACCUUUGACUGCCAACGGCCAUGAUUCAUCCUAAUAUAUACUUAUAUCUGGAUAUGAGAGAAUUUGUUGUAUUGUGUUUAUUUGUGGGAGGACCGAGCGGGAGAUUAUGACACUCUGUACCUUUGUGAUAGUUCGCAUUUUUAGCUAAUUCGCCAAUAUUUCAGAUAGAAUUCCCAUCCUGUAUCAUGUUAUAGUUGUUU